AUGGAGUCAGAUAAUCCUGGAUCUCCAUUGCCUGACAGUGACGACAGCGAGCACAUCGCGACCGAAUUGCCCGAAUACAGACUAUGGCCACCAGAACGAGAACUAAAUGAUAAGAAAUAUUUGGGUUGGGGUCGGAAGCAGUAUGUUGACUCUUGGUUUGAGCAACGGCAGGCAAUGUUCCGCGAAAAUGAUAAAGACAAAUAUCACGAACGCCAGCGAACUAUGCAGCAGAUGGAACGCGAAAAGAUAGAGGAGAUGAAGGAGAUUCAGAACCCAUCCAGGACGCAUCCGCCAGGAUAUAGGCCGUGGACGCCAGAACCAAAACCAUGGAACAGCAAGGCACACGUGGUUUGGGGUAGGAAACAUUUUGGAGAAGAAUGGUAUGAGUAUCGCCUGGCUUUCGCGCAUCCGGAGGACUAUAAACAAGACCAUAAAUUUGUGAAAAUACUUGACAGGAUAGAGCGAGAAAAGAAAGCAGAACAACGAGCAGAGAGGAUGGCGCUUCAAGGUGAGGUAGAGGUUAUCGGUGCCGUGCCGACUACCAUGCCCUCGACCGUCCUACAACCGAUCGAAACUGGUGACGAUAUAUCCAUAUCGUCUAAUGCCAGCGACAAUAGAUACCCUACACCUUUAUCCGCUUUAACCGAUGAUUCAAGAGUGCCAUGGUCGCCAGGGCCAUACUCGUAUGAUGAGGAGAAAAUAUUGGCUUGUGGUCAGAAACAUUACGGAGAGGACUGGUAUGAACAGCGGAGGGACAUGGUUCGUUCAUUGGACGAGGACAACAUAUGGGAAGCUGCAGAAUGGUUGGAAAGGCAGGGCCCGAAGAUCGAGGCAAAUAAGAAGGCAAUUGCGGAGGGAGAAGCUUCCUGGAAUCCCCCCCUAGAGUUGCUUCACUCCCGCCAGUUUCUCCAGCAACCACAGCAUCCCAACACAGAUGAGAGUGCUGAUGCCCUUCACGCAGAGCCCCAAGUUCUACAGCCAAAGGGCCGGGAAAGUCGAAGACUCGCCGGUCGAUUACCUGAGUUUGGCCUGCUCCCAAAACGGGGUGAACCAGCGGCACCUUACGAACCCCCCUUGCGGCACAAUUCGGACACAGGCAAGUCGAGUACUUCAGGCCAUCGCAGCCGCGCAUCGUCUGGGAAGAAGUCAAUAGUAGGAAACGGUGCAAAGUCUCGACGGGUUUCGAAGUCUACGCAAAAUGGAACGAACCGCUUAAGACCAGCGUCAGGACCACCAAUGUAA